GAGCGUAAGCUACCGAGGGUGACCGAGGUGAUACGAGUCGUGUUAGCAGCAGCCCGUCGACGCGAGCACGGCCCCGAGAGAGCUUUACCGUCGUUUCGACGUAGUGCCCGCUACAUCGGCCUCGUACGUUUCACUUGCGAAAAGCACUCCGGCUGCUCGCGCGAGUCGCGUCCGUGAAUUCGGGAUCUGGCCGAGCGUCGCGGCGCGAGUCUCGUCCGAUCGCUGGCUCGAUCGUGAACGUCGAGCGGGAAAGUGACAGCUCCGAGUGGUGUGCUCCAGUCUCUGUCUCUGUCUCACGGGGGACGCUUGGCUCGGCAGGCAGGAAUAAGAGUCCCGUAACCGCGCGGGGCGCGUCCUCACCGUCAUCCUCAUCAUCACCAUCGUGUCAUCGCCGCGCGAAGUCAGCCGCAUGACACUACCCUCACGUUGAGCGGCGCGCGAAGCCAGCGGCAUUCCUCGCAGUACUUGCAAAACUAACUGUGCCAAUCUGUGGAUCUGUCGAAUCGUGAUCUGCAAGCGGCCCAAGAAGGAAGAAGAGCUCGAAGUCGAGGACGAGCGGUGGACGCGGAAGAGUCGGGUCGUGAGAGUUGCGGGCGGGGUAACCUUUGAUUGUGAUGUGGUGGAGCCCCCCGAAGGACCGCGGGGGCAGGAGGUUAUUAGAGGCAGAUCGGUAGUGAGGGCACCAGGCACGGCUCGGCUGCCCCGAAGCAAAAUCGCCGCUGGGGCGGAGGAGGAGGUAGGAUGGUAUGACCUCCGGCGUCAUCCCGCCCGUCGCGGAGGUGGUGCUGGAGGUGGCGGAGGUGGCGGUGGAGUCGAGCAGCUGCUGCCCGGCUCGGAGGAGGUGGAGCCGACGGCGAUGUCGAGGCAGCCUCGAGAUGAACGGGACCACGUGAGCCGUUGCGAGACGCCCCGAGACCUCCGUGACCUUCGGAGCCGCGACUUCAGGGACUUCAGAGACCUCCGGGACUCCAGGGACGGGAGGGACAUCAGGGAGGGACAAGACAGGCACUACCGGGACGACUAUCCGGAGUACGAUCAUCAUUCUACUGCUGCAGCAUCUACCUCGGCGCUCACCAACAACCUGGAAAAAUCGAAUGGAAGGGUCACGCUGCAUGAGGCUCGCAACGAUCUGCAGUUAGUGAAUUUGUGCGUACCUUCAAGAUCGGCGAUCGUUGGCUCGGCGGACUCGAACUACUCGCAGCCGAGCUCGGAUCUCUCGCUGGACGAGGAGAAGGAAAGCUUGAGACGCGAAAAGGAGAAGCAGGCCCUCAAUCAACUCGAAAAAGCCAGGACGAAGCCGGUAGCGUUUGCGGUGCGAACCAACGUGAGCUAUGACGGAUCCGUCGACGAUGACUCACCCAUCCACGGCUCGGCCGUCAGCUUUAACAUUCGUGAUUUUCUUCACAUCAAGGAAAAGUACGACAACAACUGGUGGAUCGGCAGGCUCGUGAAAGAGAACUGCGACGUGGGUUUCAUCCCGUCACCGGUGAAGCUGGAGGCCUUAAGGCUGCAGGCGAACGCCGCGCGUGGCACGAAGGGUCUUUAUUUGGCGCGAGGGUCUUCAGGGAACCUUGAGAGUGGUAUGCCCUCACGUGGUUCCACACCACCUACGCCAGGUGACGAGAGCGACAGCGUCGGGAACGUGCGGCCCGGCAAGGCGACCCUGACGACCCCACCUGCGAAAGAGAAGAAGAAGAACUUCUUCAAAAAGCCGUCCUACGUAAGUGAGACUAUCCUGAGGCUGAGAUCCCGGCGAGCGGGCCCAUCUCGAUUGGUCGGACUGACCGUUCGUUCGAUUUUCCAGGAAACGACGGCUCCCUACGACGUGGUACCUUCUAUGAGGCCUGUGGUGUUGGUUGGACCGUCGCUCAAGGGCUACCAAGUGACGGACAUGAUGCAGAAGGCGCUCUUUGAUUUUCUCAAACAUCGUUUCGAAGGCAGGAUUAUAAUCACGAGGGUAAUGGCGGAUAUCUCGUUAGCGAAAAGAUCACUGUUGAACAAUCCAACCAAAAGAGCGAUCAUGGAGCGGUCAACCAGCAGGAGCACUUGUUUAGCGGAAGUUCAGCAGGAGAUCGAGAGGAUUUUCGAGCUUGCUAGGACCCUUCAGUUGGUUGUUCUGGACUGCGACACCAUAAAUCACCCGUCGCAGUUGGCGAAGACCAGUCUGGCGCCCACGAUCGUCUACUUGAAGAUCACCUCGCCGAAAGUCCUGCAGAGGCUGAUAAAGACCCGAGGAAAGUCGCAGAUACGUCACCUCAACGUACAAAUGGUGGCCGCAGAGAAGCUGUCGCAGUGUCCGGCGGAGAUGUUCGACGUCAUCCUGGACGAGAAUCAGCUGGAGGAGGCGUGCGAGCAUGUAGCCGAGUAUCUGGAAGCUUACUGGAGAGCUACGCAUCCGCCGGACAUCACCUCGGUGCCACGCGCAGUGCCAGCACCUGAUGCGCCUGUAGAUACACUGGCGCAACGCGUGCCAUCAGGUGCCCAUCACGAGAGUUGCCACGGUCACGAGCCAAGAGGAUCCGGACACAGCAGCGGGCACGUCAGCGGUGGGACGAGAAAAUCGCGGCUGGAGCGAAUGGAUCGCGACCGGGGCGAUCGCGGCGAGCACGAUUACGGCGCCGAGGAAGAAUACGGCGUCGAUUACGGCAGUGCCUCGAGGCGUCGUCAGCAGCAGGACUCGCGUGCUCUUAAUGCUAUUUAGGAGCUGGGGCCCCGGGGUCUGUCGCUACAGCGCUGUCCCCACCUGCGCACCACUGCCCUAUAGUGAGCUCACCUCCCGGUAACGCUACCGAAUGUAGGAAGUGCGCAACGCUACCUCGCGAUAAGAUCGCUGCGCUCUGUUAGUGGGGCUGUUUCCUGCCGCGCUACUCGCCAAAAAGAAACGAGAGGAGAGAGAGAGAGAGAGAGGGAGAGAGGGAGAGAGAGAGAGAGAGAGAGAAAGAGAGAAGCCGAAAACUCAGCUCGGCUGACACGCCAUCUCCGCGCGCUCCUGACCGAGCGAGCCUAACACAUACCGCAUCACAUCGAUUCUAUCCGAACGCACCUGGAUGACCUUGAGAAAGAAAGAAAAAGAGAAAAAACCAUUGACAACUCAUUUCCGUGUACUCAUCCAACCAGAAAACCUCAUUGUCCAUGCGCUGCCAGUCGCCAGUAGCGUGCACGCUAAUCUCGCAUGAUAAUAACGUUCCGCGCUUGCACUUUAUUCGCGCCGUUUGCGACGGCAAUUGUAAUUGUGAUCGCGACGCGACGCUUCAUCGUCGAUUUUCAGUUGCGAGAAAAAUUGUUGCGGACAUCAGUCGAGUCCGAGUGUUUGCCGACAAACACGCUCUCGCGAGCGUGGGUCCUUAUCUUCCGAAAGCUCCUGCAUCCGCGACACCGCUACAAUAUUUGCCGCUAUUUACUAACUAAAGUUCGUUUACAUAGCCAGCUAUUACGAUGACGUGCACCGUCGACUCUGUUGCGUGUCUGACUACGCUUCGUUGACACUUUGACUGUCAUGCUGAGUAGUCUGAGCGCGAGGCCCAGCAGGUCCCCUUAGGGUGCCCUUAGGGAUCCCCCUAAGGAGUCCUUAGCGCGAACUACGUGCAGAUUUCAACUGCUGCAGCCGAGAAUAUUCACGAUAGUCUUGGACUCUUGGAUCGGGCUGAAUACUUGGGUGAAUCAUUUCCAAUUGGAUGAAUAAAAUUGUCAGUCUUGAAAAUGGAAACUCUUGCUAAAUACGAGCAGCAUGGCACUCAGCGCGUCAACAGCGAGUCAAGCAAAGUUGGAUGAUAAAUAGAAAAACUGCACAUGCCUCUGUUCUUCGUCUUCUGAUAUCUUAGCUGAUUCAUUAGAUGAUUCAUCGACAGCGCGUGCGCGUGCGCGACGACAGAGCCGCUUAUCGCCGAACUACGUGCGAGGACACGAGAAAGCAAACAAUUUCCCGCGCGUCUCCGGACGAGUCUCCGUCUCAGUGCACCAGCAACGAUUGUAACUCGCAUACGUCACCCGUUCCCGCGGAAACUCAUAUUCUCACGUCUGUGCUUGCCGCGUCUCGCUUCGUCAACGAACCCUGAUCAAUGUCACACAUUGUACUCUGGCAAUAUUAUUAUUACGAUAUUGGCCGCAGUUGCGGAGUUAGGCUACUCGUUGAUUACGCGCCACUGAACAGCCCACCCGCGCACAAAUAUCACGGAUAUUUGCCCGAUCACGUAGUCUGCACUCGACAACUCUAGCUGUACCAUGUCGAACAUGUCAUCAUACCAUUUAUCAUAACGACUGCCGUAGCAGCGUUGAUCGCGCACUACGGCGCCGACACCGCGACCGUUAACCAUGACGAGACGAUGUCUGUACUGCGUCCUCGCGAGACAUCUCUUUUACGACCGCUUUGGGCCGUGGAGAAGGAGCGAGGUCGUGGAGUAAUCCCCGAAAAAAGAUACACACCGGGCUCUACAUCCUGCGCUCCUCGUUGAGCGCGCUGCUGCUCAAGGUCACUCGCACACUCAACCGAGGACAAGCCUGCACAUCUCUCGCGCGAGCUAUCUAUUGUACUGCUUGUUCUCGAAACUUCUCACGGUUCUCUGCUAUCUCUGCUACGAGGAAAAUCCAUAAACGCGAGAAACCCUCUUCGAACGGUCCCAAGGCGCGCGCUCGGCGAGAGAUGAUCCUUGAUGAUUAACGGCGCUUGGUCCCACGCUGAGAUCCUAAUCGUCCGUCUAGAACACUCACGACUAGUAGACGGGCGACUCGAAUCUCAUGGUGGAGUUGAACGCAAUUGAUCGUCGAUUGUUGUUAACCGGGAAUCUUCACGUAUACAUUUCGACAUACAUCCGUGUCCUUGAUGGAUCCUACUUCUAGAUACGUAUUACUUGCCAAAUCCUAAAAUCACAUUGCGAUGAGGAUGGACCUCUUCCACGCAUUCACGAAACAUUCACGCGCGAGUUUCCAAGUAUCGAAAGAAAUCAUCGCAGACGACACUUAAAUUAAGGAUUCGGAGUAUAGUGUAGGGAGGGGGGAUCGUUCGGUCGAGCGAUCUCCCCGACCGGAGUUUUGGUCGAGUCGAAACGAUAUGUAUCUUCCAGUGUCCUUGUCAUCGCAGUACACGCAGGACAAACCCCAUUUGCGGAACCAGCUCGACGACACUAGUAGACGCGCGAGACAAUCGCGUGGAACGAAGAGACCAAGAUAGAAAGUGCACUCGAAAGAAAGUGAAAAGAGAGCCCUGGGGCCUUAUAUAAUCCCUGCACCGACUCCUCCCGGGCCCCAAAGCCAACAAAUCUUUGCGCGAAAGAGCGAUCGGCGAUCGACGCGGCACCGGAUCUCCUCUCGCGGCCGAGGGAAACUGGAAUCUGCGGCGAACGAUUGGUUUCCACUCUAGAAUCUAAUUGUAAGAAAACGAUAAUGUUGAUCGAUCGCGCUUGAGGAGAAGCUACGGCCGUCUAGCGAAGCGAUCUAUGAUCGACUGAACAGCUGACUCCGCUCGCAAUUGAGACGGAAAGAGAACCGGAUUUCUUCGGAGCUUAUCGCGAAGGUCCCACUUUCGAUCGUCGAUCGUGGCAGCGCGAAUACGUCGCCGCUGUAAUUUUACGAUCACCACUGAGGAGCGAUCCACGACCGCAAUGCGGCUCCGCAAUCUCUUGAAUUUGAUCGUAGAACUUGAAACGCCCGCCGUCACGGCGAACUUAGCUGAAGCGACUUAACACGAUCAAUGUAAUGACGCUCACCAUCGAUCACGUAAUUAAAUCAGGCAAACUAACGUAGAGACGAGGCGUUUUUUGGAGGAAUCUUUUUUCAUUUACGAGACGACACACGCUGACGACAGCUCGAGAUAUCGGCAAAAUGUUGGUGCGCUGAAUCCGCUGAAACCGCUGAAAGUUUCCGAUCGGGCGUGUCGACAAUCUGUCGCGACGCCAAGAUGUGUUUAUAUAUUUUACUAGAGUUACGCGCGCGCGAAAGAGAGAGAGAGAGAGAGAGAGAGCGUGUGUGUGUACGUGUGCGUAUGCGCAUGUAUGCGUUUAUGUAAAUAUGCAUACGCACACGCACGUCGCACCGAGGGAAACACUUUGUGUAUAUAGUAUACAUAUAUACAUAUAAAUUGUACACAAACGCAAGUGACUGUUUCACUGUAUCACUCGGCGAAUUUUAAUCGAGAUAAGAGAGAGGUUCAAAGAAACUGACUAUCCGACGGAAAUGUGAAUGAAAAUCACUUCCUUCGCCUGUACAUGAUAAUGCGAUAAUCGCGCUGCGAGUCGAAUUUUCCGAAUUGUCGCUGCGAAAAUUGCAGAUUGCCACGUUUCUCGCGACGUAAAUCUCGCGAUUUAAUUUGCUCCGUUCAUCGCUGCGAGCGAAAGGCUCAACUCGCUCCUCGGGCAUUUGCGCAAAACUGCGAUGGCGUCUGGAAUUUCGGUUGAUGCUCAGCACCGCGAACGAAAGACUCGCGUUUUUAUUCACAUUUCCCACCGACGGCAUCAUGUAAAUACUGUUGUAAGAAGCCUUCAGACGAGUACCGUUUUCAAGUACUCACCUGUGCAGCGUCGACGCAUGCGCUGCAUGCAACGUGGAUCGGCAUUCAGCUACUUGUAAUCAGAUACUUGUAAUUAGAUCUUCGAUUUGUUUUUAUGCUAAAAGCAUCACGGACGGUACGAAAGGCAUUUACAGUCACGCGAGACCUUCAGUACGUGACACGCUCAUCGCGAACAUCUCUCGAUUCCAACCUAUGUCGAGCCAUCCGACCGGCUAUGAUAAAAAAUGGAGAGGAAGAAAGAGGUUGAUCGUAUCGGUUCGUUUAGCAGGCGCGCACAUACACACACACACACACACACACACAUACAUGCAAAAUAACACGAUUACACACGAGACAUUUCCCGCCUAGGAUGAUACGAUUAUUCCAUUAGCAUUGCUGGGGACAACAUAAACGUAAUAUUUGACGAAAAUAAAACUUACCGAGUUCUUAGGGCGUUCUCGCGGCCAAGUAGUUCGAAAUAGAUCACGAUCAUCGGCAUGUGGAUCACCAUUUAGAUUAAAUUAAUCGGAAACUUUUCCUAUGUGGCGGCUGCGAACGCCGCGUUUUUCGAUUGGCGAUGCCCGUUAUUAUUGUCUGCACAUCGCCGUUAAGCGUUAGCGUGAACUAGACGCGGGUAAUCUCGACAUUGUUUCCUUUUAUACGUUCUCGGAUAAUAUUCCGCCGUUGUUCCUUCGAGAAUCGAGUAACAAUGAGAGAGCUGUUCGUUCGGAGAAGGGGGAGAUUUUUUGAAAGUACAUGACCUCUUGACCGUCGGGUCUUAGUGAGUUAUUCUUGCGUAGACUUGUUUGAUUCUAGACGCAGCAGUUUACCGAGCAUGAAUAUAGAUUUUGCACAUUUUCUGCGAUCGAUUCUCGAUGCGUUCGUGAAGAUCGUCAAGUAUCGGAUUGUGGUUUGAGCUCAUGGUAGGCCACUCGUUUGUUUGAUUGUUCGUUAUUUAAACAUUAGAUAAAUAUAUAUAGUUGGUGAUGAGCAAGAGAGAGAGAGAGAGAGAGAGAGAGAGAGAGAGAGAGAGUGUGUGUGUGUGUAUGUGUGUGCGUGAGCGUGUGCGUAACGUUUGAAAAGAUGAUUUUUAUGGUUAAAUAGUGCUAUAUAAUUCAUCCUUAAUUGGUACCUGCUUGCGUUGCGUAAUCCUUUUUUAUGAUCGUGUAAAUUUAGAAGAGAAGAUCAUAAUGCGCCGGCAGAAUUUGGACUCUUGUUUGAUCUUGUUAAAUUCAAUUACGUUUGACUUUCAUUUAACUGUUUAGAACGAUUGAAAAUUAUUUGACAUAAUAUAUCUACUCAAGUUAUGUCUCAUCUUAGUUAACUAGCUAGUUUACUUCCGGUUUUUCACGUUCAAGGAUAACAGUUUGCGGUCGACAAAUUUACACGAGACGUUGCGUUCUGCAAAAUAAUAGCGUCACUAUGGACGAUAAUUGGUACCGAUUAAGGACGCAUUUCUACGAGAAAGCGUGUCGCGAAGCACGAUUGAUUUGCGGACGUUACGUUCAUGCUAGGUUUGUCGGUCUCUUUUAUAAUACUUGAAUCUUACGAUUAGAUAGACACGUAUUUAUACGAAUAUAUUUGCCUCUGAAGCAUCUCGAAGCUUCGCAUAAAUUUCGUGCCGACGCAAAGCACUGCGUCAAUAUCGCUUGUCAAUGUCGAGGAUGUAAAUUUUGUCUUAGGCAGAAAUUUUGUAAAAAAGAAAAAAAAAGGAAAGAGAGAGAUAUAUAUAUAUAUAUAGGUAUAAAUAUUUAACGUCGCGUUUGAAUGAGGAGGAGAACGGCGGAUGUUCCAUUCUUCGGCAAACGGUCACGUAAGAAAUCAUCGCUGAGUUCGACCGACGCGAAAUUCCGAUUUCCGUAACGAGCGACACGGCGCACAUCUCGGGACGAUUAAUCACGGGAUCCCCUCGCAGCCCAGACUUGUACAUAUUAGGUAAAAAAAAAAAAAAAAAAAAA